UUUUUCCAUUGUUAAUUAUGAAACAUUUUAGAAUUCUCUAUCCUGCCCAUUAUUAUUAUUAUAAGGAAGUGGAUGAGAGACACCACCGUGUCUCUCGAUAUUUAUAUAUAAUCGCAGCAUACUGAUAAAUCUGCCUCAAGACUGCAUCGACAUUCAUAAUUUAUAUUCCUUUUAAAUUACACACGUCCUGGGCAAAUAAAGGCACACAGGGCGUAUCUCUCCAGAUAAUAUGAGAAAAAUCUGAAACCUGAUCUGCACGCACUACAUAAUAACAUUUACGACGAAGCCGAUCGCAAAUUAUCUGAAACUCGAUCUACGCGCGCUACAUAAUAACAUUUCGACGAAGCCGACGACGAUUGAGGGACAGGCCCCGCAUAUCCCCCCGGGACAUUUUUGCAGAACCAGGUCAUCAGAGGCAGAGGUGUAGAGAGUGUGGUGGGGACGUUAAGCGACGCUGGACACCGCGUAUAUAGAGAACACAUCAUUACAUGUCUUGGUAGUUCACCUCUUAAUUUCAUUAUGUUCACAUCUCUUUGUCAAACUUCGGCAAUGGCGCCUUUUCGGUUUUUUACCGCCGCUAUUCUCUUGCUAAGUACAACAUCGGUGAAAACGUACUCCGUUCCGUAUCAGGGCGUUCAGCUGCCGUUCUCUAUCACGCCACAGUUGAUAUACACGUCCGAAUCCAAUCCCGCUUUCAGCGGAUAUUCCUACACAACUCAGGACUUCAAUGGCGGCGAAAGUAACGUUGUCUUUACAACUGGCGCCGACUCCAAGAACAGACUGAAGGACGAAAUGGACUCGAGGAAGAUGCCAGAGGAAUAUUCGCAAACGGAUAAAAGCCAAGAGAACAUGAUGUCCUCGGAACAGUCUAAAUCCGAAAGUACCGAGAAACAGAAUCUCGACGCGAACACUAAAGUUCCGGGUGAAGGGAAGAAAUCUGCAAAUUCCCAAGCGGACAACAAUCUUAUCGAACAACAGCCGAGCUUUCAACGGGUUUCUCUCGUGGACGUGUCCUAUCCCGCGCUUCGAGAAAAUUUCUUGAACCUUCCGCUAUUUCCGAGAUAUCAGAUAUCGCCGAACGUGAUGCCGAGCCAGUACUAUCCUUACAAUCCCUACGCUCGCCUAGAACUGCCCUUGCACAACUUCGACAUCUACAAUCCCGUGUCGCUGUUUUAUCGAGUAUCGCCGAUCAUUCCCGGCAGCAAUUCCGAGUCGACGUCGACAGCUGCUGAGACUAUGAAACCACCCGCAGAGCCGCACGUUGUUAGCUCGCAAACAAAUGUCACCAACUCUGCGUCUAACUCGGCAGAGUCCAAUACGAUAGCGUCAAGAUUCAAUCCAGAAUCGACGACAAACGGAGAGGAAGAAACGUCGUCGGGUCUGCCUACUUCUGCGAGCAAACUCGAGUCAACGACCACGUCUGAGAAAGUCAAGGCGGAACCUCCGACCAGCGCGACUGCGAUGGCAACUCAAAGUUCCACUCAACGGACCGCGGGCAGCGAAGCGAGCAGCACUGAGCUUGCGAGUACAGAAACGAGUCCCUUGACAGAGAAAUCGAGUACUGCAACGGCGAAGGGUCUCAAUUGAAAUCUAAAUCCACACGCCAUACCCUAUUUUUUUUGUAUUGCAUUUACAACAGUAGGUUUUACUAAUAAAACGCCACCAAAUCUGCAAUUAUAAAUACUGUUUAAAUUAUCAAAAUAAAUCUGUUGACACUUUUGAUAUUUAUUA